CUUAUCACAUCUCAUACAGUAUACACUAUUCUUGAUCUUGUUCUCGAAUCGAAAUGAAAGUACUUCGAAGUAACGGGAAGUAUAGUAAAAUUAAGUGAAUCAAGCAAAAAUAUUAUUCUUGCUCAAAAAAAAAAAAAAAAUAUCGUUCUAUAAUCUGAAAAUCUAAAAAUAUAAAUCGAAAACUCGUUGUGUUAUUUAAUUCAGCGUUAUUUCUAGUUUAUUUCAAUCUUUCAAUCUUUUAAAGAAAAACUUAUUUUAUGUAAACAAAAAUUAAAUUUUAACUUUAGAUUAUAUUAAUAAUUUCGUAGUGCGUAUUAAUUUAUUUUAUUUAUAAUUUAUCUCAUUUGCUUCAAAAAAAAUCUCGCUUCGAGCAAGAGAAAAACUUGUUUUACAUUAUUUGUAGAUUUAAUCACUUAAGAAAAAUUUUAAAAGAGAGGGGAUUAGAGAUAUAAAAGCAAUAAAUAGUUGCUCAAUUAAUAUAAUAUAAUUCUCUUUUGAAGAGAGAAAUUAAUACAAGAAGAAAUUGCAAAGAACACGGAUGAACGUAUGAGAGAAAUCAUUAAUUCCCGGUGAAUAAAUCAAGAAAAAAACACGGAAACAUGGAAUCGUGUAUGACGACAAGUUGUUCGCCGAUGCUACACUCGUCGCCAGUUUGCAUCUUUACUUUAUUUCUACAAACGUUGGAGGCAUCCUAUUAUGGAUUAAGUAAUCCGAAUACAUACCCCAGAAAUCGCAAACAAGAGAUUUUAGAUUCGAAAAUAGAAUUCGAUUUUGUGAUCGUUGGUGGUGGAAGUGCGGGAUCUGUUUUGGCUCGCAGAUUAACGGAAGUGGAGGAUUGGAAAGUUUUGUUGGUCGAAAGAGGAGGGUAUCCUUUACCCGAAACCGAGAUUCCUGGUUUCUUCGCCAAUAAUUUGGGUUUGAAACAGGAUUAUGCUUACAAGGUGGAGAAUCAAGAGGAAGCCUGCUUGAGCCAAGUCGACAAACGAUGCAGAUGGUCGAAGGGUAAAGCCCUUGGUGGAAGUUCCGUUAUCAACGCCAUGUUCUACAUCUUUGGCAACAAAAGAGAUUUCGACACUUGGGAAAAUAUAGGAAACCCUGGAUGGAAUUACGAACAAGUACUCCCGUAUUUUAGAAAAUCGUUGAGCUGUUCACCCGAAUUCAUAGCCAAAUACGGUACCGAUUAUUGCGGGACAGACGGUCCUUUAAAAAUCAGAAAUUACAAUUACACUGAAACAGACGCGAUAAACAUAUUGUCGGAAGCCGUGCAGCAGGCGGGAUACGACAUUCUCGAGCCAGUGAACUGUGAUCGCUUUAUCGGGUUUGGAAGAGCGAUGGGCAACAUCGACAAUGGGCAACGGCAAAGUUGUGCGAAAGCUUUCCUCUCCCCGGUGAAAAACAGAGAGAAUCUGUACGUGAUGACGUCGAGCAGAGUGGACAAGAUUCUGUUCGAGGGUGAACGCGCGGUCGGUGUACGAAUCACUUUGGACAACGACGAGCCGAUUGAAGUGAAAGCGACGAAGGAAGUGAUUCUGUCGGCGGGGAGUAUAGCCAGCCCACAGAUACUGAUGCUCUCGGGAAUCGGGCCGAAAGAGCAUUUGAAUAAAAUGGGAAUACCCACUCUCGUCGAUCUGCCUGUCGGGAUGAAUCUUCAAGAUCACGUGUCGUGGUUAUCGUUUUACUUGAGGUACACGAACGAAUCGAUCACACCUCCUUUCGACGAGAAGAAUCAGUUGGAUGACGCUGUUUACGAGUAUUUGAAACAAAAUACUGGCCCGUUACGCACCCUUCCAGUCGAAUUCACCGGUUUCGUGGACGUGAACGAUCCUCAUUCCAAGUAUCCGAACGUUCAAUUUAUCUUCAUGCCGGUACAAUUUUUAAGCCAGUUAAGAGAUUACCUACGUGCCUUCAAUGUGGACAAUGAUCUGAUAAAAAAGAUAGAAAACGAUGUGAAGGAAAUGAAAAUAAUUUUUUCUUCAGCUACGUUAUUGAAACCUUUGAGCCGAGGUUUUCUCGAGUUGCGUAGCACGAAUCCGGCCGAUCCUGUCAAGAUUUAUCCGAAUUACUUCGCCGAGAAGGAAGAUUUCAACACGUUGUUGAAAUCUGUGAAUGUCAUUAAGAAUCUCUUAAACACCAAGGUUCUGAAGAAGUAUAAUAUGAAAUUAUUUUAUCCCGACAUUCCCGGAUGUCGGCACACGAAGCCAGGUACCGAUGAAUAUUGGGAAUGCAACCUGAAAUACUUGUCCACCACGUUGUUUCAUCCGUGUGGGACGGCCAUGAUGGGACCGGCUAACGAUUCCAGAGCCGUUGUGGAUUCGAGGUUGAAAGUGCACGGUGUCGAAAAUUUGCGAGUGAUCGAUGCGUCGAUCAUGCCGGAAGUAACGAGCGGGAAUACUAAUGCGCCGACUAUAAUGAUCGGGGAGAAGGGAGCGGAUAUAAUUAAAGAGGAUUGGGGCAUAAAGAUAUAAAGAUGUUGAAGAAAUUGGGGCAUAAAGAUAAAAUCGUGUAAACGAUUUUAUUAUUUUAUCAUAUGCGACCCGUGCUACAAUGUGUAUUUACUGUUGAAUUAUUUUUGGGAAUCGUGACUCAUACGAAUGGCAAUUUUCAAUUAUACCUGGAUUUUAUAAUAUGAUAAUACUUGAGUCCACAUUCCGAAGUUUCUUUUUGCAACAUUUUGCAAAAAAUUCGAGUCUUAUUUCACAAGCAUUCGAACAGAAGUUUUCUAGUUUCUAGAUUAAUUAAAAUAAUUAGUAUGAUUUGAUGUUGAUUUGAAUUGAUUUGAAUAAAAUAAAAUUCAUCAAUAUCGGAAAAACUUAAUUAUCAUUAUUAUAAUACGUUAUAAUACGUAAUAAUCUUACGUAAUAGAAAUUCUCAAUCAAUUUUCAUUUGAGAAACAUGUUUGUAAAAUUUAUGAAAUUUUAUGAAUUAUUAUCUGUAUCUAUUAUGUAAAUGUAUCUAUUAUGUAAUGUAAAAAGAAAAUUAAAACAAUUUUAUUUAAAAUAAACGGAGAAAAACGAAA